GAGACAGCAACUCCGCCUGUGGAGCAUCCCAGGCUAUCCAGAUAUCUUUGCUUGGAAGACCCACCGAAUCUUCCGGAAUCAGUGAUCGAAGUGUGGUUCAAACCCUAUGGCUCUUUGCUAGAGAUGAGACGCGUGGAGACGGAGAAAUCCAUGGCAUACGUGGUGCAGCUUGGCCGAAGCGUUCAUCGAAACGCUGGGCAGUUGUCCAGUGAAGACGAAGCGAUGAGAGCCCACGAGGCGUUGAAUGGCAAAGCCAUCAUGGGCAAGUCCCUGAGCGUCCGCUAUUGGCACGAGAGCGGUGCCACGGCCGAGGCAUUGAUGGUCCUGGAUUCAGCUGAAAUCGAUCGUAACGAUCGCUGUCCUGGCCCCGGCAUGGGGAUCGAUGAUCAGCAGCUGGUGGAUGCCUGCAAGGUGGUGCUGGAAGCGACAGCUUGCGUGGUGGCCUUAGCUCAAAGAAAGCAAAACCUCGAGGCUCAAACAGCGGCUCCAGCGCCCAAAGGUGGUGAUGUGGAGUCCUGGGAAGAUCUGGAGGAGGACACCCAAGACAUGUCUUUCUCGGACGUGCCGAGCGACGCGCUGUGCAUCAGUGGAGUUCCACCGGGAAUUCAGGAGAUGGUGAUGCAGUUCUGGUUCAGACCCUACGGCCAAGUCCUUGAACUCCGGCCCAUCUCCAGUUCAGAGCUGGGCUGCCGGGUGCCAGCCUACCUGGUGAAGCUUUCGAGUAUCCAGGAAGCCACGGCAGCACGAGCCGCCUUGGACGGGAAACCCGUGAUGAAGGGCUCACCACUGGUGGUGCGCUACUGGCACGGCUGA